CCCCCCCCCCCCAAAUUAAAGGGAGACGCGCGGGAACUUUCAACACUGAGGCCAGAGUUGUCAGUAGCCGUGGAAGAAAAAAAAAACCCGUCAAAAAUAUAUACGGGUUUUUUUUUUUAGGUGCGUAUAAAUAAUUCACAUCGCGGGUUAAUAGGCUUUUCCUGGCGGGAUUUUAUUUUAUCGCGCAUGUACAUCCAUUUCCACGCUGCGUGUUAUUCUAUCAUUUGCUUCAACAUAUUAAUCCGCCCAAUAUUCCGCCCCACCGUGUGGCAGGAGCAGGCAGUGGAAGCGGAACAUAUAUAGUGAGUGGGGAGGGCUAGGAAGCAAUAAAUUCCACAUGUUCGCGCAAGACUUUGAGCGAAAAUACAUUUGAUCGCCGCGGUUCUCGAGGUGAGCAGCCCAAAUUUUGCGGGGCUCGGCAGCCUUUAAUUUUUCUUAUUUAUUAUAUUCUUAUUAUAAAUAAAAACUCAACAAACCCCAACCAACCCCCGCCGCUUCGCUGAAUGGCCGCGUUUACCUAACAACCACGACGGAGCUCCGAGCCGCUUCGUCUCCCCCCCCCCCCCCUCUGGCUUGCUCUCAACAUGUGCGUCGGCGGCAGGGGUGUCACUCUCCCCGCUCGCCCCUCUUAAUUGGCAUGCAGCGGUAACAUCCCCGCUCGCCCGCUCGUGUGCAACGCGGGCGCAACCUGCUACCACCCCGCGCGAGUCGACGCAGAGCGCGCGUCCUCCUGCCAGUCGCAUCUCCGUCACGACCCUCUCGCCGCCCCGCCGACUCCCGAUGAAUUCGUACUUCGCGAACCCUCUCUUCGCGAAGUACAAGGCCGGCGACGCGCUGCGCCCCAGCUACUAUGACUGCCGCCUCGCAACGGACGCCAUGAGUGGCCGGCAGGCCGUCUUCUACGGUGCCGGCGCCGGAGCCGGAGGAGCCGGAGGAGGAGGAGGAGGAGGCCCCCCGGCAUUCGAGCACCCGGCCGGCACCGGCGCGGGCACGGGCGGAGCCGCGGGAGUUCACCACCAGGAGUUCUACCACAACGGAAGUUCGGCGGCGGCGGCGGCGGCUGCCGCGUACCAAGCGGCCGGUUCGUGCGCACUGGACGCAGCGGGUAACUUCUACGGCUACCCGGCCUUCCCGAGGCAGCCCGUGUUCGCCCUGCAGCAGGAGUGCGGUGGCGUGGUGCAGUACCCGGGACCCGACUUCAAGUCGUUCGGGCCCGGCGCCGAGGAGGAGGCCGAGUACCCGGGUCAGGGAUCCUCGUCGGCGCAGCUCUUCCCCUGGAUGAGGUCUCAAGUGGGGCCGGGCAGGCGACGGGGCCGCCAGACCUACUCGCGCUUCCAGACGCUGGAGCUGGAGAAGGAGUUCCUCUUCAACCCGUACCUGACGCGCAAGCGGCGCAUCGAGGUGUCGCACGCGCUGGGCCUCACCGAGCGCCAGGUCAAGAUCUGGUUCCAGAACCGGCGCAUGAAGUGGAAGAAGGAGAACAACAAAGACAAAUUCCCGGCCAGGAAGGAGGACAUUGAAGAGCCCGCGAAGAAGGCGGAGGAAAACUCGGGCGACGAGGAGUCGCAAGGCACCUCCAAGGAGUGAAGGGGGCGCCGGGUGGUGGGGCAGGGGGGAGGACACCGCAAGGGACACGGAAAAGAGAUCAGGAGCGAGAGGAGGAGGAGGGGGGUGGUGGCCGAUGGUGCCAAGUGGUGCCGGAGAGGAUUUAAGAGGAGGAGGCGGUGGUAGCCGCGUCCUAUUUAAAUGUCAAAACUUGUACCCGUGCACUAAUAGAACAAGGCGACGUUUUGUUGUUGUUGUUGUUGAUCUGAGUAAACGUGAACAACGCGCGCACACAGACGCACGCGCGUACGCGUUUAAAGCCCAAAAACAAGGCACGGGGGAGUUUUCGAACGCCUAAACGCUAAGAUGGUGUGUGUGUCGGGAUAAAUUUCAACAAAAAACAAAACAUGGUUCCAGUAAUAUUCCGUGAGAGAGACUAUCUGAUGUGUCAGAAUAACUUCUCUCCGGAUGGAAAUGUUUGAGCAAGGUUCGGGUCAACCUUGCUCUUCUCUCCCGCUCCGAGCGCCGCCCGCCAGAAAGGGGAAGCGGAGUUGGGGGGGGGGGGGAGGUCUCUGCGAUGAGCGGAUGGAUUUGUUUACGAGGGCGCGAGGUGCUCUCUGUGGCUUGUGAAGGACCCACAGAGGGUCGCCCCUUCCGCUCAUCCCUCCAGUUACGAAUUCCGCCACCUCCGCACUCCCCCUCCAUCCCCGAAAACGUCCACGUUUUGUUCUGUUCACCAUCUUGUUCACCAUCUUGUUCACCAUCUUGUUCACUAUCUUGGUCACUAUCUUGGUCACUAUCUUGCAAUGCGGGCGAGGAGCCAGGCGGAGGCGAGAGUGGAUAAAUGAUUUUGGGAGGCAGAGGGAAGAAUGGAGGCAGUGGGAUGAUGAUGGUGGUGGUGGUGGUGAUGAUGGUAAUGAUGGUGAUGAUUAUAUGAACGAGAGGGAGGGGGGGGGU